AUGAGCCACAAAAAGGAAGCAAGCCAGAGUCGGGAGGGUCUGCUUCGAUCGUAUGACCAGGGAGAAAACAUACCUUUGCGAAAAUCUCUUGAGGAAGCCUACGCAUCCGACAGCGGUUCCGACAUCGAUGCCACCGAAUUUCUGGACCGAGAUCCUCUCGCCGAGCAGUCGCAGCCAGCAGUUGUUGCGUACGGACCAGCAGCGAGGUUACGAAACCUUCGAACGGCUUUCAACCGGCGGUCAAAAUGUGCGAUAAUCAUUAUAACUGUCUUGGUUGUCAUAUGGUCCAUACUGGCAGGAGGGGGAUUCUUCCUGUAUAAGAAGAAGCCGGUAGAUGGACAGUCACCACCAUGGUAUCCCACACCACCUGGAGGAACGGUCAUGCAAUGGAGCGAUAGUUACAAGAAAGCUGCCGAGUUGGUGAGAAAAAUGAAUUUGCUGGAAAAGGUCAACAUCACAACUGGCACUGGUUGGCAGAUGGGACUUGCGGUUGGCAAUACCGCUCCUGCGACGAAUGUUGGGUUCCCAGGAUUGGCGUUACAAGAUGGACCUUUAGGACUGAGAUUUGCGGAUAAUGCUACCGCUUUUCCUGCUGGAAUCACGGUUGGCGCGACAUGGAAUAAGGAGUUAAUGUAUCUCAGAGGUAAGGCGCACGGAAAGGAAGCUCGGUUGAAGGGAGUCAACGUGCUAUUGGGACCUUGUGUUGGGCCGCUUGGACGAAUGCCUGCUGGCGGAAGAAAUUGGGAAGGAUUCGGAACCGAUCCAGUCUUGCAGGGAAUUGCCGCUGCCCAGACGAUUAAAGGAAUACAAGAGGAAGGCGUCAUUGCUACUAUCAAACAUUUUGUCGGGAAUGAACAAGAGCAUUUCAGGCAGAGUUGGGAAUGGGGUUUACCGAACGCAAUGUCUUCGAACAUUGAUGACAGAACGCUCCAUGAGAUGUACGGGUGGCCGUUUGCGGAUUCCGUAAAAGCUGGUGUGGCAAGUGUAAUGUGCUCAUACCAGAUGACGAAUAAUUCUUACUCCUGCGGCAACUCCAAGUUACUCAAUGGAUACCUUAAGGAUGAAUUGGGAUUCCAAGGUUUUGUCCAAUCUGACUGGCUUGCUCAACGAUCAGGGGUUGGAAGUGCUCUAGCCGGGCUGGAUAUGAGUAUGCCUGGAGAUGGACUAAUCUGGGCAAACGGGAAGUCUCUUUGGGGUCCAGAGCUCACAAAAUCAGUCUUGAACGGCUCUUUACCUAUUGAUAGGCUUAAUGACAUGGUCACCAGAGUUGUGGCUUCUUGGUAUCAACUGGGACAAGAUGAUACAUCCAGAUUUGAUGGAAAAGGGCCCAAUUUCAGUUCUUGGACUAAUGAUAAGCUCGGCCGUAUCAAUCAUGGAAGUCCUGAUGACAAGGAUGAGAAGGUCGUCAAUCAAUUCAUUAAUGUCCAAGGAGAUGGAGAAGAUUCUCACCGUAUCAUCGCGCGAGAAGUCGCUACGGAGGGUACCGUACUCGUUAAGAAUGAUGAUAAUGUUCUGCCACUUCUUAGAGACGGUUGGCUGUCAGAAGAUAAACACGAAAUCAAAAUGCGUAUAGGCAUUUUCGGCGAGGAUUCCGGAGCUGGCGAUGGUCCCAAUGCGUGCGCCGAUCGAGGUUGUAACCAAGGAACAUUGGGUUCUGGAUGGGGUUCCGGCGCUGUGGAGUUUCCAUGGCUGAUUACACCUGUUGAAGCUCUCAAGGAGGCAUUCAAUAAAGAUCGCGUUUAUGUCACGGAUUUUCCAACAAACGCACCACCUCUGAAGAAAGCUCCAGCGAUUUUGAAAGACCAAGACUUCUGUAUCGUCUUCGUUAACGCCGAUGCUGGUGAGGGGUUCAUUUCAUCUGGCGGUAUCAAGGGCGACAGAAAUGACCUCAACAUUCAGAAAGGUGGAGAUGAAUUAAUCAAGAAGGUCUCAGAAGGCUGUGGAGAAGGGAAUGGGAAGACCAUUGUUGUAGUACACUCGGUCGGUCCAGUUGUGGUUGAGAAAUGGGUCAAUCUGCCUGGUGUAAAAGCCGUAAUCAUGGCCAACUUACCUGGCCAGGAAAGCGGUUAUGCUAUCGCAGACAUUCUUAUCGGAAAUGUCAACCCUAGUGGCAAGCUCCCAUAUACGAUUGGUAAGUCUCUUGAUGAUUACGGCGAAGGUGCCAAGAUUCUGUAUUAUGCCAACGGCGUAAUACCUCAACAAACAUUCUCCGAAGGCCUUUACAUCGACUACAGACACUUUGACAAAUUUGGCGUUGAUCCCACCUACGAGUUCGGUUUCGGUCUUUCAUAUACUACAUUCGAGUAUUCGAAUCUUGUGGUGAACAAGCUACGGGAGAAGACACCGCUCCCUUCUCCAAGACCUACUGGUGUCCAAGCCCCGAAGUUUGACACAAAUAUUCCAAGUCCAACCGAGGCCUUAUUCCCAGAAGGCUUCAAGAAGCUGAAGAAGUUCAUCUACCCUUACAUCGAAAAGGUGUCCGACAUCAAGCCUGGUAAAUAUCCAUACCCAGAAGGAUACAAUACCAUACAACUACCCUCAGAAGCCGGCGGUGACGAAGGCGGAAACCCUGACCUGUGGAAUGUCUACGCGGAAGUAUCAGUAGACAUCCAAAACACUGGCACACGAGCUGGCAAGGAAGUCGCGCAGUUAUAUGUCAGUUACUCGGACGUCACGGGUGAAGCGAAGAAAGUCGACUUCCCCAUCAAAGUAUUAAGAGGCUUUGAGAAGGUCUUUUUGAAAGUAGGCGAAAAGCAAUCUGUCAAAUUCAAUUUGACGAGACGAGAUCUUAGUUAUUGGGACGUGGUGAGGCAGAAUUGGGUUAUGCCUAGUGAGGGACAGAUUACAGUGAGGGUCGGGGCUAGUUCGAGGGAUUUGAAACUUACGGGGUGGUAUUAA